AUGGACGAGCAGCUGGCCCUGUUGGUUUCCAUCAGCUGCCUGGACCUCGAGACCUGUCGCGUGGCGCUGACGCGCGCGGGGGGCGAUUUGAACCUGGCAGCGCAGCGGCUGACGAGCGGCGACGGCACGGUCACGGGAACGCAGGGGCGCUGUGCUGAGUGUGGCGCGGAGGGGGAGGGAUACCACGGUGAAGGCUCCUACUCCGAAACUUUCUUCUGCGGAUCUUGCUGGAGUCACUGGGGUCGAAAUCGCCUCGCUGUCGAUGGUGUCGAUGACAUGUUGGUGGACAGCGAGCAGGAGAACAUGCUUCACCGCGACCUGGGUCUGUUGAAGGCAGAGACCUUGGAAGACCUGGGGGCUUUGCUGGCACAGAAGCUGUCCCAAAACUGGAGUACCUCACUGCACCGAACGGGCGAAUACUUCGCCUGGACUGCUGCGGGCCAAAGCGCCUGGGCCAAGAUGGCCACGGGCGCUGCGGCGGCGAUGGCCAGGGCCGGCGCUGCGACGGCGGCCGCGAAGUUUCUGGCGGGGGCAGCCAGAGAGGUAGGAAGCGACCAGCUUUGGAAGCUGCUGACGAUCUACGAGAUCCAGGUCGCAUCACAGCUCCCGCGACGCCAGAAUCGCGACGCCAGAGCCGUGGGCUGCACGGGGGUGGCGUGUGCAUCCAGUUGCUUGCUGGGGCAGACGGAGGAGGUGGACGUGUACAUUUACGACUACGGUAAGCUGGACGUGGUAGUUCGCCUCGGCUUCACAUCUGCACUCCCAGCGCUGCUGUAUGACCCCGGCUGCACCAUGUGUCCCAUUGGCAUCGGCGCAUCAGGGCUGUGCGUCUCGCGCUUCACGCUGUACCCCAGCAGUGGAUCAGAGCCCAGCUUCAACGGGCUGCCGCUGACGGUGAUUUUGUGGGAACUGUUGCUAGGCCCCCGAAAUCUAUCCGAGGCCGUGGAAUUUCUGAAAGGACUCUAUGUGGAAUCGCCACCCAUGGCAGGGGCAGCCAUGUUGUUGAUGCAACCAGGACAUGGUGCAGCCAUGGUUGAAUGGUCACCCAAGCAGAUUUGCGUGUCUCCGGCUGCUGAAGGCGUUUUGGUUCAUGCGAAUCAUUGCAUCUUGGACUUGCGCGACGCGGAGUCAUCCAAAAUCGCCAAGCUCUUGGACGAGAGCAAGCGACGGCAGGCAGCUGUGGAGAGUCGCUACGCUGAGGAGUUGCUGGCGGGAAAGGCGCCCACCUUGGAUCUCCAACAGAUCCAGUCCUUCCUUUCGCUGUCGGAGGUCCAAAACGAUGAUGUCCUGGCCACGGUGAUCAGUUGCCCCAGGGAACGGGCGCUUUAUGUGAGAUUUCGCUUGCAGAUUAGAGGGAUGGAGCGGGUGGAAGACACGGUCGCCUGCGACUUUUGGCAAUGCUUCGAAGGUUAG